AUGGCUGUAGACCGAGAUAACCUCGGGGUUAUCCACUGUGCAGCUAGCCAUGGAUAUCAUGAGACCAUUGAUUUCAUCAUGGACGCUGUCCCAAACUUUUCUGUCGAUCAAAAGGACCGAGCAGGGCAUACCGCUUUGUUCUAUGCGGUUACUUAUGGGCACUAUGAAGUAGCGAAACGACUUCUCGACUAUGGCGCUAAUCCUAAUCACCAGGACCACCGACUACGAACUCCUUCACAUUGUGCAGCAGCAAAAGGACAAAUGCGCAUGCUCAAACUACUCAAACAGUACAACGCUACUUUUGAAAUUCAGAACUAUCGCGGUGACUUGCCCGUACAUGAAGCUGUACAAUCAGGGAGUAAAGAUGUUGUCGAGUGGUUGCUGGCGUUACAACCAUCAUCCAUAAAUGCUGCUAGCCAUGAAGGACGGACAUGCCUUCACCUGGCCGCUGCACAAGGGAAUUUAGAGAUGGUAAUACUGCUCUGUACCAAAGGUUGCUAUGCGGAU